CUUAUUGAUUUGAUUUGAAAACUUAUUCAGUACUAUAGCUCUUAUUUUACCCUUUUCACAGAGACGUAUAACUCAAGGUAAAAAGGGAAAAUGAUCAAAAUCAUUAGAAUCUUCCCGACCGUUACAAGAUCAGUUUUAAUGAACUUUAAUUUAACUGGUUUUCAUGACUCUGUUUGUCCGGCGCCGGCGUCACUCAGGUCACUGUUUUUCCACAACAACGCAGUUGUUAGAGGAGGCUUUGCAGCAAAGUUUGUUGUAAAAAAUGUUAGAACUCUGUCUACACAAUUGAAUAAGAAAAAUGCAUCGAAAAGGUUGUCUAUUUCUAGAUUAGACUGUUAUUUAACUCUGCAAUAUAGCCUACAUAAUAAUGCAUUUAUUAUAUUAUGUUAUAUAUUAUAUAGGCAUAGGUGAUUAGUGAUUUGUCAUUGAAACCCAUUUUUUAAUUAAAGUUAAAGAAGGCUAAUUUUAACAUUUAAAUUUAACUAACUAGUCUAAGUAGCCUAGACCUAGGCCUAAACUCUACUGAUUACUUAGGACAGAACUUAUCAUCACUGGUCAUCAGUCUCAGUUCUCUCAGUCGUAUGCCUACUCUGAUAUUGUCGGUUGGAUUAACAAAAGCCAAGCCUAUUCAAUACUGUCUUCGUCUUAGUCUUAUGCUUACUGUUACAGUAUUAGCAUGAUAAUUAUUAUUAAUAAAUAAAUUAAUGUGACUUUUAGUAAAGAAUAAAGUAUUAUUAUUUAUUUCAAAUUCUUCACUACUACAUUUUUUCACAUAUUAUUAAUUACGAAAACUCUUGAAACCUCUCCUUUUGGAAAGGCACCUCACAUGCGAAUGUAAAAAGAGUGUUUCAAAUCCGGACCCACUUUAUUUUCAUAACUCAGAAAACAAAUUUGCAUUUGCUUUAUUGAAAUUCACUGCUGUUAUCACGUCACUGAGAACAUUUUUCAACUCAUCAGACAUGGUUUUCAGUAGUAAGGCUUGGCGAUGAAAAGUAAUAUGUGUCAAUAAUGUUUGAGGAUUUUGCAUAACAAAAUUUUGAAAAGCAGAACGGCUUUCAAGCAUGGAGUGUCGUCAGUAUCCACACUAAUGAUUUUUAGACAAGCAUUUAUGUUCUGCGAAAACACUCAUGUGUCAUCUGGCCUGCAUUUGUGCAAUCGUUUGGCUUAGCAUUUAAAGAAAAAAGAAGUAGACAUCUUUGUUUAUUGAGCAGGGGUGCUUUGUUUAAAAGUGUCUCUUAACUUGCUUGUCUUUAGACAAGUGGAUGCCAAUACAUCAGAACAUAUGAAAUGUCAUAUCUAAUUAUCUUUUUUUGGAGGGCAUUAUACUCUAAAAAUAUUUUGUUUGUUAAAAUUUUAAAUAUAAAUAAGUAAUUAAUAGUAUUUAAAAAUUAAAAACCAGAUUCAAUAGGCCAUUUAAUUAAGAUAAUGGAACAUCCAAUGUAUAUAACUAGCAUCAUUUAGUUGCGGUUCUCAAAAUUUAGUGAAUAUACUAAGUCUCAUGGUAACUUAAUUGUAUUCCUCCACGUGACAUAGUAAGUAAGCAGUGGCAAAAAUUGCAUAUAGCCCAAAAUUUGUAUCUAAUUGAAAAUAUUUUCAAACUACAUUCAUGGAUUCAGUAUUUUGGGGAAAUCAUGCGAGUGCACUGAAGAAGUUGUAAUAUAGAAAAGUGGGGAGGUCACAAAAACUAAGGAUUUGAAUGGCUUGACAAGUAGCAGUAAUUUAUGUUAAGCAAAUCAGCAGAGCAACCAUCCAGGAACAUAAGGUUAGAAGUAUUAAUUAUGUGAAUAUUCGCUCUAUUUUCACCUGCUGUCCCAAUAAAGACAAUAGAUUUCUUUUUCAUUCAACUCUUACAUUAAUUAUGUAAUUAUUUUUUUUGUGGCAGAAAUUUCUAGUCUGAACUUUGUUUUGUUUUUUAACGCAGUCUUCACCUCCUUCUCAAAAAUAGAUGGCACAGUUUUAUUUUUUAAAACUCCCUUAGGGCUUCAAGUAUUUUUAUUUUAUUAAGUUCUUUUGUUCCUUGAGGUUUGCUCCAAUUAAAAAGGUGACAAAUCAAGCAUAAUCUAUAUUAAUGAAAUUUUAACAAAUUAUAAAUAAACGUUUUGCAGCAUUAUAUAUUUAUUUGUAUAAGGGGAGAAUCAUUGUCAAAACUGAUCAUAAAGGAAAUAGCCUAAAUAAUUCAGAAAUCCUUGUCAUAGUUACUAAUUAGACAUUGACUUAAGAACAUAUGUUUAUUUAAAGUUCCUGUAAUUAGCUAUUUAUUUGAAAGUGUGUUUCUGUUAUAUUUUAAAGAAGAGCUUGUAGACAUAAUAUAUAAUUUUUAGAAAUAUCAAACAUUUUGAUCAUUUAAAAUAACUUUUAUCCUCUACAACAGGCCUGCACAACUAAAAAUGUAAGGUGGCCGUAAUUCUUUAUGAAAAUUUUGCGUGGGCCAAAAGAAAAUAGUAAAGGACUUGUGCAGGCCAUGAGAUAAUAGGACAAGUGGGAAAACUAUUAAGAAAAUAAUAAGAAUAAAGAAUAUUUGUUACUUCGCGGCCCACAAAGUGGGUGCUGGUGGGCCGUAUGUUGUGCAGGUCUGCUCUACAAAAUUGACACUUAGAAUUUUGUUAUAGGCAGCUGAUUUUGAAAAAAAAUCUUAGGAAAGUAUUUUAAGAGAAGUAAAUAUGAUUUAUAAUUUGUAAUUUUACUAAACAGAAUGUCCACCGAUGAUGUCUUUAAGGGCCUUGAUGAAAUCCAAAUUAAAUUAAUGGAAGAGGAAUGCAUAUUGGUUGAUAAAGAUGAUAACAACAUUGGAUCAGCUUCAAAGAAAGUGUGUCAUCUGCUAGAAAAUAUCAACAAAGGUCAGUGGCUUUUUUUCCACUUGUUUCGUUGUUGUUUUUUUGUUGUAAUUAUAAAAUUACCCAUUAGUUAAUCUGGCUUGCUAAUAAUGACUGAUCAAAAAUUCAUCAAAUGAAAUAUAUGGUCAAAUUUUUUUUUUUUAUGAACAAGUACCAUUAAGUAACCCAGUUAACAUGAAUUGACCAAAUUCAUUUGUUUAUUUCAGGAAUGUUGCACAGAGCAUUCAGUGUUUUUCUUUUCAAUUUAAAAGGAGAAUUGCUUUUGCAACAAAGGGCAGAGGCUAAAAUAACAUUUCCAGGUUAGCAUUAUCUGGAUCAAAGUACAAAGUCUGUUGUGUAUUGGUCAGGACAUCCUUUCUUCCUUAACCUAAUGACUCCCUAUCUCUUUUUGAAAAUAACUUAUAUUUAUUAAUAAGAUCUUAAUACUUUGCUUUUAUUUUAUAAAGACCACUUCACAAAUACAUGCUGCAGCCAUCCUUUGAAUGUGCCUUUGGAACUGGAAGAAGAAGAUGCAAUGGGCGUCAAGAGGGCAGCACAAAGGAAACUGGCACAUGAGCUUGGUAUUGAACCAGAACAGGUCAGGUAGAUUUAUUUUGUGUUUUAUUAUUAAAAUAGAUCAAGUCUGAAUUAUGGAGUUUUGUUAAGAAAUUAACACAACCCUUUACUGACCACAUAUUUUUGCCAGUUCCUAGUGAAAAAGGGGAUUAAAAGAAGGAACUCUAACCAUGACAGCUGUAUGAAGGGGAACUAGAAAGAUGUUGUCCCCAGAAAGCAAAAUUAUUAAAGAAAUGAGUGUAUGUUUCUAACCUAAUUGACUAAUGAUGAUAAAACUAGUUGAAAUUGUUCUAAUCUUUUUUAUCCUGGUCUUACCAGAGUCUUCCAUCAUUCAUUCUUAUAAAGAAAUGGGUAUUUAUUUGUAGAAUAUGACUCCAUAGCACUCAUAGAAACCUUUGCUUUCAUAAUUUGGUAAGUGUAGCAUUAGUACAGGCCUUAUCGAAUCAUUCAUUACCUACUUUUUUCAUAUUAUCUGGCGAUAAUGAUUAUAAAAUAAUUAAGCAUCACCAAUAUAAAAAAAACUAUGCUGCUAAACUUACUCAGUCAUGGCAUAAUUCUUAUUUUAUAUUCCUUAACUUCUUACAAUAAAAUACUGCAGUAAAUGAAACAUUUUAGAAUUCUUGUUAAUUUUGUCCAUGAUUUUUCUUACAUCUUAGGUCCCACUAAAUGAAUUUCAUUAUCUGACACGCAUCCUGUACAAAGCUGAAAAUGUCCCAAAGGAUAACAAAUGGGGUGAACAUGAAAUAGAUUACAUUCUUUUCAUUAAGGGGGAUGUUGAUGUGAUACCCAAUCCCAAUGAAGUGAAAAGUUAUAGAUAUGUGUCUCAGCAGGAACUCAAAGAAAUUGUUGGUAUGUUCAGCAGAUAAUUUUAACAAUGAGACAUUUUUUUUAUUUUCUUCUUACUAGUCUUUAAUUAUUUUUUUUUACAUUAAGCAAUUUUCUAUAUAAAACUAACAAAAAAUAAAUUAAGUACUGUAUAAUUCUUUUAUUAUAGCUUUUGGAUUGCUUUAGCAACAUCAUCAGAAAAAACCUAGUGGUCUUUUAAGAUAAAAUUUAAGAAUUUUACUCAUAGCGCAAUGAUCAUACUUUUUGUCCACUUAAUUUACAUACAAAUUUUAAUUGUAUUGCUCAAAUUUUGUUUUAUUUCUAGCAAAGAUGAUUAAAUCUAAAAUGUAUUUCCCCAUCAACAGAGAGUGCAGACAGCAAAGGAUUAUUACUGACACCAUGGUUUAACUUGAUUGUUACCAAUUUUCUACAAAAAUGGUGGAAUAACAUUGAUGAUAUUGAAACACAAGCUGACAGAGACACUAUCCAUCGCAUGUUAUAACAGGAAGUUUUUAAUAAAAAUUUUUGAGUAAAAUUGCAUUUAAUACGUCAUGUUUUUUUUUAAAAUUUUACUUACAAAAUAUUUUUAAUGUAUUUAAAAACAAUUAUAAUAUAAUUUAUAUUUGAAAAAUAAUCAGAAUCAAGAAUCAACUUAAUUCACCCUUGAAAAGUAAGAACUAGAAUCCCAUCCUGACUGCCCACAUGAAUAUUUUAAUGUAUUAAAAUUUUAUGCUAUUUGCAAUUGUAAAUGAAUUUUUAUAUAAAACUAACAUGUUUGCAAAGUAAUAAAUAAAAUGUGUAUAUUCUUAUCUACUUUUGUAGAUGAAGAUUUAUGCUAUAAAAUAAGUGAACAUUUUCUGUUAAUUUUUUUUAUUUGUUUCUAUAUUUAUGAAACUCAUAUCACAAGUUAGUCUUAUUUUAUAUGAGACAUUUUUUUCUUUUGUACUGCAUGUAACACUUUCUGAAUCUUUACAUCUAUUGCAUCUAAUACUGACAAUGUGUCGUUUUUCAACGCCACAGUCUUUGUGCAAUGAUGUCAUCUUUAAAGUUUAAAUAUACUGAUGAUAACUUCUGAUCAAAUAUAUCUUCUUCUUCUUUAUUUUAAGGGCCCACGAUCAAUGAAUUGAUCAUUCUGGCUCCUAUGUUUCAGAGGGGUUUGCAAUGUUACUGUCCAUGGGUUUCAAUGGGAUACUUCACUGGUUGCAAGGGCGACUCAGCAGUGGUGUUAUGAACUGGGGGUUGGAAUACAGGAGGCAAUAGACACAAAUGUCUAGAGUGUAGCCGCCUCAACUGUUGCUUUUGGAAGCUUGUUCCAGUCCCCUAUUGUCUUCGGCAGCAUAUUUUGCCAAUAUCAGUGUUAUGGUAGGCCAUACAAUACUGGUAUGUCUAUGACUCUUUAUAAAAAUACUGAGAAAUUUCAGCUGAAUUAAAAAUGACACAUCCUAAGUGGGCUUGGUACUUAUUUUUCUCAAUUAGAAAAGUAUCAGUUCUGGACAGGCAUAAUCAAUAGAAUAUCUAGAAACUUUGUAGAGUGGAAAACGCACUAGCUGUUUUCACAUUUAAAAGUUACAUAAUUAUGUUGUGACCAAUUCAAAUUAAGAUUAGUUCCUUUUGCUUUGUAUUACUUUAGAUAGGCACUAUGUCAUGUCAAGCUUUAGUGAAGUGCAUUGUAAAAACAAGAAGUCUACUUUUGGUAUGUUGAUUGCUUUCAGAGUAAUAAAUACAGGAUCUCAUAGAUGUUUUUUAUAAAAAAGAUAUUAAACUUUAAUAAAUUAAAGACUUUGAAUCAAGCAAAC